AUGACAUCGCUAUUUGCAGAGUUCAAGAGGGCUCAGUCUGCUGGCUCAGGCGAGGCGCUGGCGGCGACCCUGAACCCCCUUGAUAUACCGCGCCUGCGGGCGUUCUACAAUACCACCAACAGCCUCAGUGCGGCCUCAGAUAUCAGAUAUUCCCUCCUUCAGGACCGAGCUACGGGAACAAAGCUGUCCAAACAAGAAGGGAACGCGUGGGUUGACGUAUACACCGCCUUCUGGAAAGCUGCUGGAGAGCUGAUAAAGCUCGAUGACCCCAACUUCACCUUGAGUAGCAGGGGAACCUGGACGGCUCUCUUUGGCCACUGGAAGGAUAUUGCAGUUCUUCUGAAUACAAACUACUCGAGUUCGACUCUAGAGGCCUGGACUUUGCCCGUUUUAUACGUGGUUGGCAAGUAUCUGCGGACAUUCGCUAUCAAGGCCGAUGCAGAGGCCGCACAGGAUCCCGAUACCACUUUCAACGAUGGAUUCCAAGAUGACAUUGUAUGCAUUAGGUGUUGUUCGUUGUCUUUCCCAUUACCUGGGUUGUAUUCUGAGUUUCUCUUUGUACCUAAUAGGGCACCUGUCGAAGAAUCUCGUAAAUGGGGAGUCUAUAACACGAUCAACCUUGCGUUUAAGACGUACUUCAAGCUGGGUUCCAUUCCACCUUGUAGGAACUUGCUAUCUGCUAUGAAAGCAUCCCAGGCUGAACUGCCCCCCAUCGAAGCCUUUCCUAAGUCUCACAUUGUCACUUUCAAAUACUAUCUCGGUGUCAUCUGCUUCUUAGAAGAGGGCUAUGUAGAGGCCGAAGAACAUCUGACAGCUGCCUGGGAGCUUUGUCGCGUAGAUUCACAUCGAAACAGAGAGAACAGACUCAUCCUCACAUACCUGAUACCGUGCCAUAUUGUUAACACAAAUACCCUCCCAUCAGCUCGUCUCCUGUCCAGAUUUCCCCGUAUAGAACAACUCUUUGGCCCACUCAGCACAUGCAUCCGUAAAGGCGACCUAGCUGGUGUUGACGCAGCUAUGGCCGACAGUGAAAAUGAGUUUGUCAAGCGACGCAUAUAUCUCCCCAUUGAACGGGGUCGAGAUCUCGCCAUUAGAAACCUAUUUAGGAAAGUAUUUAUUGCCGGCGGGUAUGAUCCGCCUGUGAAUGGCCAGCCUCCUAUCAGACGGACGAGAGUUCCAGUCAAAGAGUUUGCAGCUGCAAUGAGGUUGGGCACAAAUAAUACGCAGCAGAAAACCAAGGUGGACUUGGAUGAGGUUGAGUGUUAUCUCUCCAAUAUGAUUUACAAGAACCUCAUGAAAGGGUACAUUGCCCGAGAGCGAGGGAUAGUGGUUCUGAGUAAGGGUGGUUCAGCGUUCCCCGGGACUGGCGUCUAA